CCGCCUGACUUGGUCGCGCCCAAAGUGUAACACUUUCUCUUUGUCGGAGAAGCGCCCCGGCUUCCUGUGCAGUAGCUGGAGAGGCGGCGAAGGCAACGGAGGCAGAGUCCCGGCGGUGGCGGCGGCGGCAGCCCGAGCAGCCACGGCGGCGGCAGCGGCGGAGGCAGCAGCCCGAGCGGCGACGGCGGCGGCAGCCGGCACCGUGGCAGCCCCGGAGCGCGAGCUACUCGGUGGGGAGGGGGCGAUGGCGACGGCCGAUGUGGCGCGCCAGGUGGAUGAAAAUUGCCGGACAAUCCCUCUCACUGGACAUGUGGGCUUUGACAGCCUGCCCGACCAGCUGGUGAAUAAAUCUGUCAGCCAGGGUUUCUGUUUCAACAUCCUGUGUGUGGGAGAGACAGGUGUGGGCAAGUCCACCCUCAUGGACACACUAUUCAACACCAAGCUGGAAGGGGAGACAACCACCCACUACCUGCCAGGCGUCCAGCUCCGUUCCAAUACCUAUGAUCUCCAGGAGAGUAAUGUGGGGCUAAAGCUUACCGUAGUGAGCACUGUGGGCUUUGGAGACCAGAUCAACAAGGAGGACAGCUACAAGCCCAUUGUGGAGUUCAUUGAUGCCCAGUUCGAGGCCUACCUGCAGGAGGAGCUGAAGAUCAGGAGGGUUCUUCACAGCUAUCAUGACUCCCGUAUUCAUGUCUGCCUCUAUUUUAUUGCCCCCACGGGCCACUCCCUGAAGUCUCUAGACCUGGUGACCAUGAAAAAGCUAGACAGCAAGGUCAAUAUUAUCCCCAUCAUUGCCAAAUCAGAUGCUAUUGCCAAGAGCGAACUAACCAAGUUCAAAAUCAAAAUCACAAGUGAACUGGUGAGCAAUGGAGUGCAGAUUUAUCAGUUCCCUACUGAUGACGAGUCUGUGGCAGAACUCAACGGGACCAUGAACGGCCACCUGCCAUUUGCGGUUGUUGGCAGCACAGAAGAACUGAAGAUUGGCAACAAGAUGGUGAAGGCACGGCAGUACCCAUGGGGCACCGUGCAGGUUGAGAACGAGGCCCACUGCGAUUUCGUGAAGCUUCGGGAGAUGCUGAUUCGUGUCAACAUGGAGGACCUCCGGGAGCAGACCCAUAGCCGGCACUAUGAGCUCUACCGGCGCUGCAAACUGGAGGAGAUGGGCUUCCAGGACACCGACCCUGACAACAAGCCUUUCAGUUUGCAGGAGACUUAUGAAGCCAAGAGGAAUGAGUUCCUGGGAGAGCUACAGAGAAAAGAGGAGGAAAUGAGGCAGAUGUUUGUUCAGAGAGUCAAAGAAAAAGAAGCAGAGCUCAAAGAAGCUGAGAAAGAGCUGCAUGAGAAAUUUGACCGUCUGAAGAAGAUACACCAAGAGGAGAAGAAAAAGCUGGAGGACAAAAAGAAGACUCUGGACGAAGAAAUGAAUGCCUUUAAACAGAGAAAGUCAGCAGCAGAGCUGUCCCAGGGACAGCAGGCAGGGAGCUCCCAGACUCUCAAAAGAGACAAAGAGAAGAAGAAUUCUCACUGUUUUACAGUUAACUCUGCUGUUUGCUGCAUGCUGCGUGAGCGCGAGGGCCCUGUAACCCGUGGCUGUGUACGGAAUAGUUUUCCCUGCUACAGCUGGAAUGGACCCACACUUGGCCUUUUAAGCUGAGGUUCCCUCUUUGAGAGCUUCUUCUAGCAUGCCAGCUAUGGUCCCCCAUGCGAUAAUCAGCCCCUUCCUUUAUCACUGACUGCUCCCCUCCCCAGUGGCCUGAGCCACUCUCCCCAGCAUAGCCAGCAGCUUCCCACCGAUCAUGUAUUUAGUUCAGACACAGGCAUAUGGAUUUGCUUUGAGUUUUUAGCCCGUAGGGUAGGGUAGGGUAGGGUGGGAAGAGAAAUCCGCCUUAGUCUUUAGGACAGCUAGCAUUCGAUUUCUUUUUCUCUAAAAGCUAGGGAAAAGUGAAAAUCAGACAACAGUGGACGUUUCUUUUUUGCCAACCAAAUGACAAUGCUGUUUGAGCAUAGCGUAUUCAGUGAGGAGUUGAAAUAACUUUAUCUCAGUUGGCCAAUGGGCCAGUGGUCUUUGGGGAGAGAGAUUUAAAAUGGCCACUGUGAACACCCAAUGGUGCUCCCCUCCCAAAUAAGCAAAUACUUGGAGGUCUUUGUGGCUUCUGGGCCCAGGGAAGCUGCUUUGUUCUUCAUUCAACAUCUAAAAUCUCUACUUUUCUUAAUACCCCCAAAGAAAUCCAGGGAGUAUAUUCUGCAGUGACUCCCACUGAUGGUUGUCUAUUUUUGUUAAUAAUAAAAAAUACCCCGGGGGCAGCUGGGUGGCUCAAUGGAUUGAGAGCCAGGCUUAGAGAUGGGAGGUCCUAGAUUCAAAUCCAGCCUCAGACACUUCCCAGCUGUGUGACCCUAGGCAAGUCACUUAACCCCCAUCGCCUAGCGCUUACCACUCUUCUGCCUUGGAGUCAAGACUCCAAGAUGGAAGGUGAGGAUUUAAAAAAUAAAAUAAUGAUAAAAAAAUCAAAAAUCCCCUCAUAGGGUAAUGAACUAUUGAGAAUCACCCUCAUUGGAUCCUCAUCAGGACCUGAUUAACUGCAGAUCUAGUUGAGAUUCAAAGAUGUGUCCUAGGUCCCUCAGAGAGAAGGCAUUAGAGCAGGUAUUUGAACCCAGGACCUUGAUUCCAAAGCCAGGGUUCUUUCCAACAUAUCAAACUGCAGCUCUGCAUUUCUGGGUAGAUGAUUUUACUAUCCAGGCCAGCAGCAGUAGAACUCAGAUGACUUCUUUUCCGGUCCUGACUCUUUCACUUAACUAUGUGUUUCCCUGGUCAAAUCCCCUCCCCUCUGUGAGCCUCUAUUUCCCAUUUUCAGAUGACAUCACUGGCCUAGAUGACAUCUAGACCUUUUUUCUACCUGGGAUGUCCUUCCAUCCCAUGACGUCCUUUUCCCUCCCUGGACCUUGGUUUGCUCCUCCAUAAAACAAUCUUUUGCCUUUGCCGCGAUUCUAAAAAUGGACGACCUUAUUCAGAGCCUCCAGUUUUCGGGUCAAUAUUCACUCUCUGUAGCACUGCCAGUGAAUUCUCUAGGAAUCAUAGAACCAAAGACCGUCGAGCUCAAAGGGCGCCUUAGUGGCCUAUGUGAGCCAACCCCCAUUCAUUUGCCAGGUGGGGCUAGUUAUCUAAUGUCAGGGGGCCCUUGGGGGCCCUGGAAAGGGAGCAUUGAGGGGAACAGAAGAGGCUCUUUCCUGUCCUCCUAUAAUCAAUGAGUGAAAGUAAAGUCUGACCCAAGCUAGUAAGCUCUUGAUGAACACAUUUACUUUCUCAGGUAACCGAAUCUUACUGUAAGGACAAAAGGAACGACUUUUUUCCUUUAGAAAAUGUUCUAAAUUGGGAUUGUGGCUAUGCCAUCAAGCAAAAGGCAGCCACAAGGGCUGCCUUUGGGCACACCUCAAAAUGGCCAGUGCUUUCCUUUGUGUACCUUGGACAGCCCCCCCCCCCCACGGAGCCAAGGAGUUGGCUCUUGUUGCCAACCAUUGCUUGAGAUCAUUUUGACAUGAAAUGCUGAUUUGAAAAAGUGCUUGCAUGUUCUAAUUAAAACAAAAUGACUUUAA